AUGGAUGCAUCAACAAUUGAAACUUUGUUGGAGUCAGCUUUGACUGCCAACGGGCUUGCUGCAAAUAGUAGCACUGUGCUUGGUUUCUUAAAUGUCACCAGCACGGCGCUCGCAGACGUCCCAUACACAAUCUCGUCACCUUUGUUUGUUGAUAUUCUUGGUUUGGGAUUAACUGGUGGUAACUUUUCGUUGUCUUCAGUCAACUCUACUGUUCUUGCAAAGUUGAUCACCGAUUUAGCUCCUGUCCUUAAUGAGAUCCCUGCUAGCACCGGUGCUUCUAUAGUUGAGUACGGUGUUGCCGCAGCUCUGACCUUAAACUUGACCCUUUCUAAUUCCACCACAACGGCACUCUCUUCAUACUUGUCUACAACUGUAUUGUCGGCUGUCUUAACCGUUCAAAAAAACGUCACUGGCCUGUUAAUUGAAGAUGGUGCUGCUGUCUUGGCUGCCAUCCCUCAAAGUCUUCAAAUUCCUUAUAUCCAAAAGGUUUUGCUUUACGUUGGUAGCAAACUUGGUUCCGUUAACGCUUCAUCCAUUGACUUAUCCACCAUCAAAACCCUUGCCUCUCCUUACAUUGCAGAAAUUUCAAUCCCAGACAAUGUCACUGUCCCAUUGAUUAACAACACCGUAGAAGCUGUGGUCGAAUUACCAUCUAAUUCCAGCUCCACAUUCUUCACUGAAUUGGUUAAUUUCUACAACACGGUCCCAAAGAAUGAAAGUCAAACUCUCUCUCGUGAUCUUUAUAAUUCUUUCUUCCCAUCUGAUGGUUCCGCCACAACUAUGACCAAUUUUUUGUUGGGUGCAUUCACAAAGGUUUUGCUCUUUGCUAACGGUAAUCCUUCAUCAAGAACCGGUAUCGAAAAAGUGAAUGAAAUUGGUCACGAUUUGUUUGGUGCUAAUUUACCAAGCCAAAUGGUUACAUACGCAAUGAACCAGCAGACUAACCUUUUCGGUGAUUACCCUGCCCACGUUGAUGUUGCCCCAUCUGCUAUUUUUGCUGCUGUGUUUAUGCUUUUCGGAUUUGCUCAUUUAGGUGUCUUCGCUUUGAAUUACAGCAGAGGCCACAAGUUCUGGCUCUCACUUGCAUUCUUCUUUUACUGUAUCUUUAGAUUCAUUGGAUGGGUCCUUAGAAUUACCUGGAGUCAAGAUCUCACAAAGGUUACUAUGGGGGUUGCAGAUGAAGUGUUCUUGAUCAUUUCAUCAGUGAUUUUAAUUACACUUAAUUUGGUUUUAGCUCAAAGAAUCUUCACUUGGAGACAUCCAGUUGGUGGUUCCUCGAAGUUUUUCUGGUCGUUUAUGCUUGGUAUGUAUGGAUUAGUUUUAGGUGUUAUUGCCAUGACCAUCGUUGCUCAGUCAGUUCCAUACCUUUACUUCCUUUCCGAGGCCAACACCAGAAGAUACUUGAGAACUUUGGAAGCUUCUUCAAUUCUUUUAUGUCUUUACGCCCUUACCGCCAUUGCUUUGGUUGGUUUAGCAUACUUCUUCAAGCCUACUGAAAAGGAUAAGUCAUUUUACACUUACCAAGCUUGGUGGAUUGAAAAAUUCUCUCCACUUUACUAUGUUGAAAAAGGGGCUUCCAAGAAGGCUGAACACUCUUUCUUGGAAAGAUCUCAGGAAGAGAGAAACGCUGUUAGAGUCAUAACUGCAUCUACCCAGCAUCAUCAAAAUGUUACUGGUGUCUCUACUGACAGAGGUGCAUUGAACCAUACUUGGUCUAUUUUAUUGAUUUUCACCACCUCAAUUCUUAUCUUCGUAGGUGCUGUUAUUAGAUGUGUUACCGUUUUCGAAGACAAGACUAGAUCUACUCAAGGAAGUGUAUGUGACCCUGUUGUCAUGUACAUCUGUUAUGGUUUAUUCGAAGUUAUCAUUAACAUCUUAUAUUUGGUUGGUAGAGUUGAUUUGAGAUUCUACAGACCUGACCGUCUUCCAAAGAACAUCCGUAACGCACCAAUUGCAGAAGCUGCUGUCGAUCCAUCGCUUGGAAGCCGCUCUGACGAAGAAAAGGACGUUGGUACCGUCGAACCUCAAGUUGAAGACAACGUCGACGAAGAACCAAAGGAAGCAGUUGUUGCUGAAGAAGAAAAUGUAGCUGAAGCUCGUUAG